ACUUACUUAGUGGUACAAGUCAAGAGACCAACGGGAGACACGGUUAUUACAUCCACUUUCACUAUGGACGACCUAUCCUCUCAUGCAUCGCAAUUGGGCAUCUCAGAUUCCAAUUCCCCUCAGGAGCCAUUUGAUCCUCGCCAAAUCGCUCGUCUCCUGUCAGAGUACUACGAACUCAUGGCCCGCAUGCGAUACUUCUCUCCAGACUUGAUCAAGUAUCCACCUCACGAUCCCCCAAUCGACGUUGCUUUCGCUCAAUCUCUGGGUCUAGAGCCUCAAGUCAUCGAAUUGUUGCAGGUCCUACCGUAUGUCGAGGGCUUACACAAUGAGGACGAGUUCAUUUUAGGUGGAAGCUUUGCCGAUUUCAGGAAGAAUAGGGUUCUGGAGCAGUCACGAGACCCAGACUUCGCGUGUCCGCAAGGUGACUACGAGGAAGAGAAUGGAAAGUAUGUGAUGCCAUGGGUCUUGGUACUGAACGAGUGUGGAAAUCAUGGGAGUAUCAUGUAUUUCGAUACUAGAAACGGCCAUAUAACCACAAUCUGGCAAGGUGGUGCCGGAGGUGGAAAUGCUGAUCCUUACUUCUAUGGCAAAUUUGGCUGGAGUACAGCUCUGGAACAUGAACACCCCGUCAACAAGAACCGGAUUGAGCACUUUCCCAGCAGACCGGCUAAGGAUCUUUUCGCCGACUACACCAACCGUCUGAUGACUUUAGAAUGGAUACCAUUUAACACUUAUGGACCAAGGAUCUUCGAGAAAAGUGCUAAAGAAGAGUACGUUGAUCUCAAAUUAUUAUUUGAGACGUAUGGAUGGCCUGGAGAAUUGGAUGCCAAGGGCUUCGAUGCUGCGAGCAGAAGAUGGAAGGAGUUCAACCGAAUCAGAAGAGAAGCUACGAAACUAAUGACCGAGGUCCAAGAUCUGGAGAAACAAAGCCUUAAGCUCCAAAAGCACAUCGAAAAGACACUACAGAGCAAAGACGAAGAUGUGACCAGAACUCCAGAAGAGAUUGCAACAAUGGAACAACACUUACAAGCGUGGCGAAGAAACCUGGAAUGGGUUGCAAUACAAAAGCAAGAGGCUGUGGAAGAGGCAGAAGGUGUCAAUAGCGAAGAUUCUGCCCUCGAAAAGGCUUGGGAGAAGCAUAUUCAGAACGGGAUUGAGCGAAAGAUGAGGGAUCUGAGUUGGUUUCGGAAUGAUGGAUCGAAAUAUGCGACGGAGGAGAAGAUGCGAGAUCUUGAGGUAGGCAUUGCAGCUCUGGAGGAACGGAUGAAGGACCUCAAAUCUUUACCGAAGAUUGCCUUUGAUGCCAUCAAGUCACAGGAAGAUGAAGGGCAAUGGCUAUGCUGUAGAUAAGACUAACUGGCAAUGUGUAUGUACAUUCUUGCAGAAUGAAUGUCAGACGAACCGUUCGGAU